AUGGCUGAGCGCUCUCUCGGGUUCUAUAUUGCCCUCCAAAGCACUGGGAUUCUCGAAAUUGCUUUUGACCCCGGCAAAAGUGCAAACGAAUCCUUGUCGAUUGUUGCCGUUAACACAGAUGCUGGUUUCAUGCCGGGAUGGCUCACUGGGUUUGGGGAUAAAAUUUACAGCAUCAGCCGCACUGGCUACCUGAAUGGCGAGGACAGCUCGGGUGGCGUGUUUGCAUUCCGACGAGAACCCCUUUCGACAUCACCUCCCUCUGGGGCAGGGCUUGUGCUUUUCGACCAAACAAGCAGCAAUGGGAAGGGAGGUGUGCAUUGUGAAGUCAGCCCAGACGGGAAGAUACUGGCUGCUGCCAACAUCACGGCGUCGACGGUGUCUAUCUACCCACUAUCCGAGGAGGGCUCCAUUGGCACGCCUACGUUUGUUUUUGAUUACAAUCAGUCUGAUCCUGGGCAGAAUGAAGCACACCCGCAUCAAGCAGCAUUUGAUCCUUCCGGACAGUUCUUAAUUGUUCCUCUUCGGACCAUGGACCGCGUGGACUUCUACUUUGUCCAGAGUCCACAGAAAGUACAUAGAGUGCAUUGCAUUCAUAUACCAGCACCAGCAGGAGCUCGGCACGUGACAUUCAACCCGAUCAGUCCAUCAAAAGCGUAUAUGUAUCUCAUCAGCGAGAAAGACAACUCAAUUCGUGUCUUCGUGCUGAACUAUUCGGCGAGAGGACCACAAGGCCUGACGGUUGAGUUGAAGCAGACGCUUUCGGCAAUGGGAAAAGACCUCGCUCCCACUCCCGCCGAACAUAAAGAUUUGGCUGCCGAGAUCGCAGUCAGCAACGAUGGGAGGUUCGUCUAUGCAUCAAAUCGAAACCUGACACGCACAGACGAUGACAUCCUUACGAUUUAUUCGGUGGAUGCCGACCCUACACACGAAGAAUGCCAUCUGACAUACCUUGGAUCUGAGUCGACGCGCGGGAAGCACCCACGGAUGUUUGCGCUCUCCAACGACGAGGAAAACAAGUGGGUCGCUAUUGCUCAUCAGUUCACUCAAGAUAUUGUUGUUUUUGAAAGGAACAGGAAGACUGGCUUGUUGGGAGAGGUGAGAGGUCGAAUCAGCGUGAAGGUAGCCGCACCUCACCAAAAGACGCGAGACGAAGUUACCUUUGUGGAAACGAGAGAAGGCCCUCACAGCCGUGAGGAAUUCAAGAUAGGUCGGACAGAAGGACCGAUGUGUAUCUUGUGGAAAUAA